AUGGCCUGGUCCCAAAUAAAAAGUUAUGUUGCCUGUAAAAAUGUAACUUGGAACCUGACACGUAUAACUGAGUUGAUUCAUGAAAAAGUAAAUUUAAUUGGAGCAACAGAAUGGGGGAAGCUAUGCACGAAGGUAAAAGAAAUAGAGGCUGAUUACUGUAAAAGCGAUCAUGUGGUGGACAUGAUGACAGAAACAUUUGCUAUCCACAUAGGGGAUCAUGAUUCCGACUCAGAUGAGGAUGGAAGCUCGAGUGACGACAGCGACGACGAUGAAAUGGCCACUUCUAGCACCAACACCGCUGACUCUGACACUGAAAACGAAAGCCAAACGAAGAGAAAAAGAAUAAUUGUUCCAAGUGAUAGUGAGGAAGAAAAUAAUGAAAGAAUGUCCUCAAAUGUUCUGCAACUCUUAGGGGAAGAACCAAAAUAUGAAAAUAUCUUGGAAAUCCAUAUAGAUGUCGCAAACAUUUGGAAUAACAUUGUCACUAAUGGCUUAGAUAAAGAAAGUAAAGACAAAAUUAAUAAAAAGAUACCUACCCUAAAAAACUGUGAUGUAACUGCACCAAAUCUUAACUCGGAAAUCUUGGCAACGUUAUCAGCCUGUGCAAAAACUAGAGAUGAGAGACUUAGGGAAAAACAGAAUCAAAUUAGUUACAUUAUAGCAAAUUUGAACUGUGUCUUAAAAUCAUUGCUUGUCAAAAAUGAUUCUAAUAAAGAAGAAAUAGAAAAAAUUAGUGAUAGCCUCCGUCUCCUUUGUGACCUUCAAUUCAUGGAGUCAGAAACCCGAAGGGCCGUGAUAUUACCAGGGCUCAGUAAAAGUAUUAAAAACAGCUUGGAAAAAUGUAAAGCAUCAGAUGGUUUGCUCUUUGGUAAAAAUCUUUCUGAAACUAUAAAAGAAAGUAAAAGUAUUGAACGCUCUUCAAGAGGAUUGAAGAAAGCUUCAGAAAAGCCUAAUGCCCCUAUUAACAAUCCUUUAAACUCCUGGGGCCCGUCCACAUCAUCGAAGAGGAAACCACAUCAGGGCGGGCAAUACCAGCUUUACCAUCCUCACCAUUCUUCUCAGAGAGUUCAUCACUCUGCAAUGACACAAGCUCGAAACCGGCCAAUGCGAGGCAAACCAAGGCAGUGGAACAGGAAAAAAGAUUAG